AUGGAGAACUCAGCCGCUCUAAAUGACAUUCAAAAAGCCGUCUGGGACGGAAGGUUGCCGUUACAAAUAACCCUGGCUCCAGAGGAGAGUCGUACAUAUGAUCAGACAGACCCCUAUCUCAUCUCCUACCCGCGCAUCUCAUAUCUACCAUUCUUACUACCCAGGUUAAAAGCCUUCUUCUCGAGCUCUUUGAUAGAAUCCAACGUGGAAGCUCACGAAGCGUGGCUCUCGUUUGAGAGCGUUCCACUCAAGUGGCAUCUCCCUGCCGGCUUGUUGUAUGACCUGUAUGCGGGAGCGGACCCGGCGUCUCGAGGGAGUAACUCCAGCGACGCGGAUUCGAACGACGAAUAUCUUCCUUGGAGGCUGGUGGUGCACUUCACUUCUCGACCGAAUGAGGAGCUCAUCAAAUUAGAUGGCAAUGGAGGUGUCAUGCAUGAUACCUUUAUCAAUAGUGUCAAGGAAGCGGAUUUCCUGCGUAACGGGAACGCUAAGGGCAUUAUGAGUCUUUCGAAGGAUGAUUCGUCGGGCUUGUGGGAUUCUGUUCAGGAUGUGAACCUGUCCACCUUCCAACGCAUCUCCAACAUUCUUCUCCCCCCUCCCUCUCAACCUUUCCGCAACAUCCCCAUUCGACUCUUCCUCCCGCUUCCCCCUGACUCGGGCUCCCUCUCGUUAAAAGUCGUCCAGUCGCUCGUACCUCCUACUCUCUCGGCCGGCAGCGUAGCGGCCAGCCAAGCGACUCUCUCUCGCGGUAGCCCAGCCCCACAGACCCAGACUGUAGGCACCGCGUUAAACUCUCUCCUUCCGCAUCUCUUCCCUAGUCGCAGGACCCCCAUGCUCGCUAAACCGGUAUUGCAUGGCGCAGCGGUGCCUAUGUCUACGCCCGUUGAGGAGUUAGUUAGGAGUUCGAUGUACGCGGACGGAUGGCUCUAUGUUGUGAUUCGGAUGAUGGGGUGA